AUGGAUGACGACGACGGUACCGUUUUGUAUAGUGAUAUCAAGAAAAGUGGAUUUCAAAUAACCAAUUAUAUUUUGGAUUUAUUACAUGAAAAACUGGAAACUCUUAAGAUGGACUUCAAUUUGAUUGAUGAUUGGAAAGGAUUUCUAGCUGAACGAUGUCUCAAAUCAGUUCCCAGAAUAGAAAUUCUUUCUAAAACUGUCUCUUCUGAAAAACUGUCCUCCUUAUUCAACAAUAUUGAAAAUCAACUUCGCCAUGUUCAUAUUCACUCAAAAGUUGAAGGACCAGUGUCUACAAGUCUGAACAUUUUUCGAUCUGAUGUAUUAAUCUUUUACGAGACUAGUUGGAUUACAAGAGAACACUUACUUGGCUUCAAUGGAAAAUACUUGUGUUUCAUCAAUCCUACUUUCGGUGUUGAAGAAAUAAUAGAAUUCAUAAAACACUGGAAAAACGGGAAUAAUACAACAUUCGUAGCACUCUUGACGGUAGAGGUACCUCAAGAAUUUAUGGACAGAGGUCGUUUUAUUUCCGAGUUUGAUGCGAAGCCAUGGGAUCCUACGAAAAGAGAAAAAUGUUUCAUUUAUGAGAAAGAAAUCACUGAUAAACAAAACGUUGUUGCCGACUUAUCGAAAGGAUUAGAUUUCGAGAGAGAUGAUGGAUUACUAGCAACUAUUAAAAUCAGACCAAGUCGCAACGUACGUCAUCAUCGAUUUCAGUUUUUUGUAUGGCACAAGCGAUUCACUACUUCUGAAUGA